AGCAUCUGCAGGCCACAAAACACAGUAUAAAAAUCAAGAACCCUCUAACAGCCCCACACCUGUAAGCCAUGUCGUCCGCACCCGUCGCACACGUCCUGGUCUUCCCGCAUCCUGCGCAGGGGCACAUGAUACCCCUCCUCGACCACGCGCACCAGCUCUCUGCUCGAGGACUCUCCAUCACCGUCCUCGUCACUCCCAAGAACCUCCCCAUCCUCGACCCUCUCCUCUCCAAAUCCCCCUCCAUCCAAACCCUAAUCUUCCCUCUCCCAUCACACCCCACCAUUCCUCCCGGCGUCGAAAACCUCAAAGACCUUCCCCCAACCUCCUCCACCGCCGCUAUCGUGCGCGCCCUCAGCGAACUCCGCAAUCCCAUCAUCCACUGGUUCCGAUCCCACCCCUCGCCACCCGUCGCUAUCAUCUCCGAUUUCUUCCUGGGCUGGACCGAUGGCCUCGCCCGCCAGCUCGGCAUCCCCAGGAUCGUAUUCUACUCCUCGGGCGCGCUCGCGGUUGCUGUCGUCAACGAUCUGUUCGCCGCUAACAUGCGCCGGGAGGGCACGGUCGUGUCGCUCCCGGACGUCCCGGGCUCGCCCGCCCUCAAGUACCUGCACCUCCCCACGAUUUAUCGCCGAAGCAUGGAGUUCGCACCGGCGUCCGAGGACUGGGCUUUUGUACGGGAUUGCAUGAUUGCAAAUACGACCAGCUGGGGGGCCAUUUACAACACGUUCGCCGCGCUGGAACACACGUACCUCGAGCACGCGAGUAAGAGGGCAGGGCACGUGUGGGCCGUAGGACCGUUGAUCUUAGAUGGCGUGGGCCCCGCCGGGCGCGGCGGGACUAGCUCGCUGGCAGCUGGCGACGUGAUGGCGUGGCUCGGCGGGUGCCCGGAGGGAUCCGUCGUGUACGUGUCGUUUGGUAGUGAGGUGCUGCUGAAUCAGCAGCAGACGGAUGCGAUUGCAGCCGGACUGGAGGCGAGUGGGGCUCGGUUCAUCUGGACCGUUAAGAUCCCCACGUCAGGACACGUGGCGGGGGAUUACGGUACGAUCCCUGGUGGGUUCGAGGAGCGGGUAGCGGGUAGGGGUCGGGUCAUCAGGGGGUGGGCUCCACAGGUGGAGAUCCUGGAACACCCGGCCACGGGCGCUUUCGUGACUCACUGCGGGUGGAACUCGACCCUGGAGGGGAUAUCCGCGGGCGUGGUACUGCUUGCGUGGCCUAUGGGGGCCGAGCAGUUCGUGAACGCGAGGCUGUUGGUUGAGGAGACGGGCUUGGCGGUUCGGGUCGGAGAAGGAUCGGACUCGGUUCCGGACCCGGUUGAGUUGGCCCGGGUCUUGGCUGAGUCGGUAGGUGGGACCGGGUCUGCGAGGGCCCGAGCCAAGGAGAUGAGUAAAGCGGCAUGGGAUGCGGUCAAAGAAGGCGGUAGCUCUUUCAGGGAUUUAGACGAAUUGGUGACAGAGAUUUCAGCAUUGACUCCAAACUCUGAGAAAGAGAUUACAUUUGAACGGUAGAUUGUGGUGUAUCUUUUCGUGUGUACCUAACGUCAGUAUUUUCUCAGAUAAUCUAAUAAGGGCUCACCUAAUUUCUGGUGAA